CGCCUCCCUCAGUUUGAAUUUUGACAAGCUUUGCAAAAGGUGUAAAGAGAAAGCAGCCAAGAGCUACUAGUCACCAGAAGCAACUAGCAAGCAAGCAAACAGUUUUAAAGACUGAUCCAAUAGAAAGAGUAAUAUGUCCACGACCCUAUUAGUCGAGACAAGCAGCAACAUUAAAAUACUAACAAGGAGAGACUCGAAAGACUCUUGCUACAGCGAAGAAAUGGAUCUCUCCUCAACAAGCAGCAAUUCUGAUGAACGUGGAGUCUCCCCACUAGCUCUAUCAGCCACUAACUCGCCAGUGUCGAGGAAGAACUCCGUAAGCGGGGACUCUGGAGUUUCCAUGGAUUGCUUCGGGGACCUUUGCAAGGACAACUCUUCAUUAAGCGGUCAUUUCGACAGCAGGACAGGAAGAAACAUGAACGGCCAUUCAAACCAGUUUCUUGACAAACUAGCACUGAUGGAAGAAAAGCUCCAAAGAAUGGAAGAACUAUUGUCCUCUGAGUCUCAAAAAAGGAAAGCCCUAGAGAGCAAAGUUGCCCAACUCGAGGCCGACAAUGAAAAACUCACUUCCCUAAGGACUCAAGCCGUCGCUCAACUUCAAAUGUUCUCCGAGAAAUUCUUUGCAAUGCCAGAUCCCAAGAACACGUCACCAGUCAGCACUCCUCCUUUACAAUCACCAAAACCUUAUUCGCCACGAGUUCUACAAUCACCACGUCACUCUCAAUUGGAGUUGAGAAGAAUCGGGUCUAACUCGAGUGUCGUAAGCGGGAACAGUGCUCACAGAAUGAGUGGGCAUUACCCUACCUAUCCAACGAUUUCCUCAAGACACAGUAACAUUUCUUUAUAAGAAAUAGUGUCUGUCUUCAUUUUGUGUGCCCGUGUGUUUAAAUCGUGUGAUCUUGAUGAAAGAGGAUCUCCUCUGAUUCAAAGUGUCCAUUGUCUGUGUUUGAAAACUCUGUGUGUGUAUCAUUAUCAUUAAUGACACUAUUAUCCACUAUGCAUAUCCACAUUCUGUAUUAUAUUAAUUUUUGCUUUUCAUUUCAUUGCACUAUUAUCCCAUCCAUAAUAAUCAAUAUUAUUAUUAUUAUUAUUAACAAACACAAGAUUUGGUAUAAACUUACAAAUCAUAAAAAAA